AUGAGUGGACCCGGCGAAGAGCGGGGUACCUGGCGCGGAGGCCGCCCGUACGAGCAGAACCGCCACGCCGCGCAGAGACAUUCCUCCUCCCGAACAAUGAGCGCCCAUGGCAGCUCUCGAGGAGGGCCGAACACAUGGAACGAUUCCUCGCGCGAACAGCCUCCUCCUCCUUCCUCGGGACCUCGGCAGGAACAGCACGUCCCCGUGCGCAACUUCAAUGCUACAGAGUCGAAGGCGGCUCUCAGAAGAGGUAUGCCGGAUCAACCGAGACCCUUCUUCUAUAAACCGCAAGGCAAGGACACGAACAACCGGGCUAGCGGACCCUGGGGUGCUAAACCGAAUCAAAUGGCCAACGGCAAGGAUUUCUUCCUCGAGCUUCGGAAACAAGUGACGGCUCUCCGACAGGGCAAUCCUGUUGCAGGUGGAUGA